AUGCUGUCCCUCGACGAAGAGGUUCGACUUUACACCACCAACGCAGAACGGGAGAAAUACUCUCUUCUAGCUACGCUCUUCGGCAUCGUAGUCGCACUGGACUUUCUGGAACGCGCAUACAUGACGAUGCUCAAGUUGGUCAAGGAUUCGAUCCCGUCGAUCGAGGAGUUCAUGACUCGCUAUCGCCUUGAUAUGCCUGCUGCGUUGCACAGGAUCAAGGUAGGGGUGCCCGCUACGAACUUCAUAAUCUUCAUGGACGCACUCAAGUUACGUCUAUGCGCAAAAGAUCAGCUGCAUCCUAUCCUUCAAGAACUCGUUAUGGGGUACACGAGGUUUAAGGGGAGCAAGGAAUGGGAGGGAAGAAGUCACAUGGUCAGGUGGGCACAGGCAGCGGAGGAGGCAAAUGAGAAGUUGCUCCAAGAACUGGAAAACUUCGCAUUUUACAGACAAGUCGAGGCCUGUCGCACAUCUCCUCCACCCAAGCGCCUGCUGCACUAA